CCUGCCAAUUAGCCAUAAUUUCCCAGCUUCGGCAGUCCAAUUGUUGAGCGAAAUGGGCGAAGUUGUGUGCAAGCAUGGAGUGUCCUUCGACAGUAAUGAUGAUGAGCCACUGGAAAAGAAUAAAAAAGAGGAAAGUUGUUGGGCUACAGCCAGGAGGUACUCUCGCAUUCCCAUUAAAGUCGUGUUAGCCAUAUCCACUGCCUAUGUGUGUAUUCUGUCGUCGGAGCGCUAUUUCUACUUUUGGGUACAGACGACUAUAGAAAGAACCGACAUGCAUGUUUCCGAGAUCAAUUUUCCAGCCGUAACCAUUAUGCCCGUUCAUAUAGCCAGCAAUGGAGAUACGGAAAAGUCUCAAAACUUCAUCAAAGCCUACAAUUAUUUACAAUCAGUUAUUUGGAGAACAGAAAAUUCGUCUAAAAUCCCCGACAAAAACAUCACAGAGUCAAGAGAAUUCCAGGGCUUGGAUCCUUAUGGUUGGGGUUUUUCAAACUCUUGGCAGAUAAACUGUGCUCAGUUUUUUACCGAAUGCAGUUGGAGGCGAAAGCCAAUGAAUUGCUGCGAUCUGUUUCGAUCCACAAAGAGCUUUCAAGGAUAUGCCUAUGUCUUUAACUCGGUAAGAGUUCAAAAUGCUGAUAAAACGUGGCCCUGGUCGGUGGCCUUCUCGGGAUCUUUAAGUGGCUUGAAUGUGAAAAUUAAUCGGAAACAACAAUUAUUUAACCUAAAGUCGGUGGGGGUAAUUAUUCAUGAACCCUCAGAAUAUCUGGGCAUGAAAAUAGACUACUCCUCCGAAGAUCGUAUUGUAGUGCCAGUAGAACCUCUGCGUUUUACAGCCGAAGUGGAUGUUAAAGCGCGACCGGUGGCAAUGCGUCGUUGUCAUUUUAUAGACGAAGACAAACAAAAUCGUUCGGACUGCAUCUACAAAUGUCACUUGACGUACCUUUUGGAGAAGUGUCGCUGCGUGCUACCUUCUGCUAUAGCUGCAAAUGGUGAGAAUAUUACCGAAAUUGGAAAAAGGGAGGAAACCCAUCCUUGUAACCUGCCAGAUCUGGCUUGUAUUGACAAUCACAAACUUUCUUUAUUUUCCAUGAGCAACAUAAUCGAAGAGUCCAGGGAUAACAAGUUUACCACCGUGGACUGCGGAUGCUUUCCCCUAUGCGAUCACACCCAGUUCCAUACCUCUACUUAUACCGAGAAACUGAGCACCUUCACCAGUCACUCGACGGAAAUCGAAAUAGAUGUGUAUUUUCAGGAGGAGACCCUUUUCUCUUACCGCUCCAUGCUGCGAUUCACCCUCAUUGAUCUCAUGGGUAGGUCCAUAUUCCGAUUUUUUAUUUCGAUUGUAACCUUUGGUUUUUUAUGCUCAGUUUCCUAUGGAGGAAUAGCAGGUCUGAUUAUGGGUGUUUCUGUUCUGGGCUUUGUCAAUGCCUUUCUGGAUCGCUUCGCUUGCUGUCGACUCUCCCAGCCCAACUGAUGUGGCUCUGCUCUCCAAUCUUUCGAUCUUCCAUCCAGCCAGCACCUGAUUUCUCACGUU